UCAUUAAUCACCGCCAGGCCAGCAACGAGAGCAAGCAGCAGGAAAGGCCGAGUGUCGGCAUCCACGCAGGAGCAGCGGGAAGCAGUGCUGGCCGGUUCCCUGUGGAGGCAGCUCCCCCUCCGACCACCCUCCCCUGGGAGGCCUCGUGGAGGUGGCCAGUCCUGCAUGCACUGCCCUUUCCUUCAGGAAGGUCACUUGGUCCUGGAUGUCGGAGGCUUCGCCUGUGGCUGGGAGCUGCUGGGUACGCGUGAGGCAGGAGCCUUGAAGAGGACAUUCUGCCUGGUUGGCACCACAGUCUCCAUCUCUUUGCCAUGCGGCACAAGGUGUUUUGGAGUGCCCUGGAGUACACCUGCCGGCUGCUGGGCAUCUCCACUGCAGCAGUGCUGAUCGGUGUGGGCGUAGAAACUCUGCAGCGAGGACAGUUCAAAAGCCUGGCUUUCUAUCUUCUUUUUUCAGGGGUUGCAGUUACUGUCUGUGAAGGCUUCUUCUUUAUCAGUUUGUUCCUGGAGAUGUGCUUCACAUAUGAGCCUGACUCCCUGGCACACUCCUGCUGGAAGCGAUCUAGACGCCCAGGGAGCUUCCAGAAAUUCCUGGGAUACACACUUCUCUCAGUGGCUUGCUUCCUGCAUCCAGUCCUCAUCUGGCACGUCACCAUCCCUGGGUCCAUGCUGGUGCUCACUGCCCUGGCCUACUUCCUGCUGAGCAAGAGAAGGAAGAGCCCAGGGAACAAAGAGACGCAUCCCGAGGCAGGCCAAUAUGCAGACCCUUCAGCCACCGCUGCAUCCUCAACCAUUGCUGGUGACACAGAGCAGACCUACACCUUCCAUGGGGCCCAGAUGGAGCAACACCAUUCACUGCUGGGCCACAUGAAGAGCAUCCUGAAGGGCAGCAAAGACAGGAGCCCAGCCCCAGCAGAUCCCACUGAACCAGCAGCCCUGCCAGGCCCACGCAAGCAAGUGCAUUUCCAGGAGAAGGUGGUGCAGAUCAUCCCCUCUGUCAGUGAGAGCUUGGAGGACAUGGACAGCGAGGCUGAAGAGACCACAUCGGACACAACACCCAUCCUCACCCCACCUGAUGCACCUGUCAUCCUCUCUCCCCUCAGCACCACGGGUCUAUUUUAAGCCCUCAGCAGGAAUGAGGAUGGGACAAAGCUGCUACUCCUGGCACUGGCAUCUUUCCCUGCUGCUUCAGCAGCCAAAAUGCCCUGAGAAGUGGCCUUCCUUGCCCUCCCUGCCUCCAGGGUGACAACUGUGUCACCUCCUGCACUACAUGGUCCUGCACCUCGUGACAGAGCCAGUGGUGGUCCCCAGUCCCUGCAGCGCCGUGCCCAGGAGACAGGUGACCUGGGACAAUCAGGUUCCUGUUCCCAUGGCUUCACACAUGGGUCACUCUCCUGUUAUGGCACUACACUUCAGAGGUGCUCCUCCUGCCUAACAUCACAGCCAUGGUGUGUGCCUCCCAUGAAGCAGCAGAAGGCAGGAAGAGGGGAGACCACCAUGUCCCCAGGGCAGCCUCUGCUGCGAGCAGUUGUCUCCCUCCUGCUCUUGCUGCACAAUAAAGAGCUCAGUGCUGGGACACAUUCAGCACGGGUCACAUUCAGCACCUGCAGCAGCUGCACCAAGCCUAAGGCAUCCAAAAUGUCAUUUCAGAGGUGGGAUGAGACCAAGCACACCCCUGGGGCUAGCACCUGCUAAGUGCACUCCCCUGAAUCACACUCUGAGCCCUGGAGGGAGAUCACCUCUGGCACUGGGGACACCUAUGGAGGAGCAAGGACACGGGUUUUCUCAUGUCCCCUGCCUGAACAGCCCUCUUGAGUUAGAAGAGCUUUGGGAUGAUGUGGCAGCUCAGAUGAUGAGAUUCAGCAUCAUGUUGGCACAGCAGAUUC